GAGAACCCCACGAACUCGGAACUUCAGUCUGGACGCGACGAGCGUUACGUUCGUUGCGCGUGUUUCGCGUUAAAGUGAAAUCAUGUGCGAGAAACGUGGUAUGUGCACGAGUAGACGACAGGUGCCUCUUCUAGUAGUGACUACUUUGUUAGUUGGCGUGCGCCCGGAAAUAGUCGAUCCGAAUUUCAAGGAACCAAUUACCAAUGUAACUGCACCGGUUGGAAGGGAAGCAAUUUUAUCUUGCGUGGUUCAAGAUUUAGCAGAAUACAAAGUAGCAUGGCUGCGGGUAGAUACCCAAACGAUAUUAACGAUAGCUAGUCACGUUAUCACGAAAAACCAUCGAAUAGCCGUUUCUCAUAGCGAUCAUCGCACGUGGUUUCUCCACAUACGAGAGGUAAAAGAAUCCGACAGAGGAUGGUACAUGUGUCAGAUUAAUACGGAUCCAAUGAAAAGUCAAACCGGUUACCUGCAAGUUGUCGUUCCUCCGAAUAUUCUGGACUAUUCAACGAGCACAGACAUGGUGGUACCAGAAGGCAGUAAAGUGACUUUGCACUGCGAAGCGACGGGAUCACCGGGACCAAACAUCACCUGGCGACGCGAGGAUGGCCAAUUAAUACCCUUGGCAAAUGGACGAAAAGUGCAGAGUGUCGAAGGACCAAAUUUUAAUAUUUCUAAAGUAAAUCGGUUACAUAUGGGCUUCUACCUUUGCAUCGCAUCCAAUGGCGUGCCACCAUCAGUUAGUAAAAGAAUUAUGCUGACUGUUCAAUUUCCACCCAUGAUUUCGGUGCAGAAUCAAUUGGUGGGCGCUCAGGAGGGACAACAGUUGACUCUGGAGUGCCAUUCGGAGGCUUAUCCUAAAUCCAUCAAUUAUUGGACAAGGGAUAAGGACGAGAUAGUUCCGCAAGGAGGGAAAUACGAGCCUAUACUAUUGGACAACGCGUAUAAAGUUCAUAUGAAAUUAACGAUAAGUUCCGUCAGUCCAUCCGAUUUUGGAUCGUACAAGUGUGUCUCUAGAAAUGCAUUGGGAGACACCGAUGGCACCAUCAAAGUUUAUCCAAUAACAUCUUCGAACUCUACUGGUAGUAAUACAAAGUACAAAGGGAAAUUAAGGCACAACUCGAGAAACGAUAUUUUCGAAGGAAACCAAGACAUGCUGAAAGAAAGAGAUCUAAAGUUACGAGGCCGCAAAGAAACCGGCGGAAACGAAGAGGAUGAUUACGAAGAUUCCGCUGCGGCGUCGAACAAGGACUCUUUCAGCUUGAUUUUCGCUUUGGUCACAUUCACCAUUUACCUCUACCAUCGUCCGCAGUUAAGAACGCUGCAUCCGGCUUGAAGAGCGGCCCCCACCGUGCCAGCACAUUAUCAUCAAAUCCUUCUUUCGAUCGCGACCCAUCGACAAUUUGUAAAUCCACUUAAAAAUCCAUCGCUCAGGGACUCCAUACCGAGGAUAAAUUAAAUCAUGAAAUCGCGCUGACCACCCAUCACACCUGUAUUAUAAGACGACAUACCCUAUUAUGAUUAGCGUCAUUAUUAUUAUUGUGUAACGAUAUUAGCUGUCGUAAGUUAUUCGUAAAGCGUAAUCGCGUAGAUUAAGCGGAUGGAAAAGUUCUUUUAUCACGGAGAACGUCACGUAGCGAGCAAUAAGUAAGGGAACACGAGAAGAUCCUGUGCUGGAAUUGAAUUUACAGGUGCGUUAUGUAGCGAGCCUGGAUCAUGCUCAAUGGUACGCUAUACUUCGAGAUAGCAGUCAAUGUCAAAUUUCGUUCUUAGUUUUCGCGUAGUCAGUUGAGUUAACGUUUUACAACGAGAUCAAGAUCGUGGUAGCCGUUCUUCGUUCGCGAUGUUUCACGCGUUAAAUUAGAAAACUUUGUUUAAUUUAUCUUUAUAUAUUAGUAGCUAGUCGGAAAUUAGUACUUUUACUCUUUCUUAUAUUCUUCGUAGUGUAGACAGGCGCGCUGAAGAUAAUCGAACAAAGGAAAACGAAGAUAAUAAUAAAGUAAGAGAUAUACAGAGUCACAUAGAUUUUCUCGCAGAGCGUGUCUAAAGUGCUCACAGGGAAAGCUUUUGUCGAAAAUUUCGAAACUAUCUACUACGAUUUACUUCUACGAUACUUCGAAAGAAGCAAUUGCAAUAUACAGCGCUUUACUUUUACUCUUAUUUACAAAUAUCUAAUUUUUAUCUCUAUCUGUUGCUUACAGUUAUAUCUCUGCGUAAUAAAAGAAAAAAACGAACGUUAAGUUACGAUAGAUCAAACUUUUCGUUUGCGUCGUUUUACUUUCGAGGAAGAUCGAUAACACAUAGAAAUCUGGUAUAAUCGAUUUUGCGAAUACGUAAUAACGAGCGCUCGACAACUAGCACCAACAGUCUCGGUGAAAGCCUCCAGUGAUUCGUAUUUAUACCAAGGACAAUGUGUAUCGAACGAAACGAUUAUCGAUAUGCAUUCCUGUAUAUAUACAUAUACAUAUACAUAUACAUAUGCAUAUGCAUAUACGACCGCGUAUUAUAUAUGAU